CAAAUUUUAAAAAAUCAAGACGUAAACUUUCAAUUUAACCCAAUUAAUUCUCUGUCUCUCUCUAACAUUCAUAGUGCACACACAUACAGUAUACAAGACAAAACAGACACUUCAACUAAAACCAAAUCUUCUUCAAAUUUUCCCAAACUCCAAACCAAAUAACGGCCUCUCGAGAAUUCCGAGGCUCUAAGCAAUCUCUCAGGUCUCAGAUUGAAAAUAAAUAAUUAAAAUUGUUCAGUUGCUGACAUGUUCUUUUCUUUCCUUAACUCUUGCCUAACUAUUAUCCCUCCUCUGUUUUAAUCUCUCUCCCAUUUUUUAGGUCAGAUUUCACCUUCUCUGCAUCAGAUUACAUGCACAGAGCCUCUGAUUUUGACAUUCUUUCGUUUUUUUUACUUUUUAAUUCAGGUGAAAAGUCCAUUCUUUUAAGUUUUUCAAACUAGAUAUCAAGAACUUCUAUGACUGCUCUGUUUUUGCUUCAAAAUGAAUAUACAGAAUAAUCAUGAGUUAAAUUCAUGGGUGCCCAUGUUGAGUUUUUCCUCAAUUCCCAUCUCAGAUUAUUGAUUAUGGGCUCUGCUACUUUAAUUCUCCAUCAAAAAUUCUCUCUUUUUCUUAACUUUUUCUGGGUCUCUGUUACUGCUCUGUUUCGUUUAAUCAGUGGAGCUUUAUUCAGGGUCAAAGAGGGUGGCUUUACCAACCCAGAAGCUGAUGAUGUUAAGGACACAAAAGAAACCGAAGUUUUGGAAGAAAAGGAAGAUGAAGAAGAAAAACCAAAAUUCGAGUUCAAAUUUAAGUAUCAGACAAAUAGAGAGAAUUAUGAGUAUGAGCCAGUUGUUUCAGAAUCAAUAUCCUCUACACCAACCACAAAAAAGUAUGAAUUCAUGUCUAGUAAAGAUUCUAAUCUAUACUUAGAGAAGCCACACGUUUUUAGUCUUAGUGUGAAAGAAUUGUAUGCUGAUUCCAUUGCCAAUUAUAAAGAUAUUAUCAGUAACUUGCCAAGCGUGAAAUCAGAAAAAUUAGAGUCUAUUCAUGAGGAGAAUAAACAAGAGAUAAUAGAGAAGCUUGAGAAUAAAACAUGUGUUGAAGGAUCUAGUUUAGGAGAUGAAUUGGGACUUAGUAAGGAGAAGAACAAUGUGUGGAGUGAUCAUCAAGUUUCUAGAGAUGAUGAUGACUCUCUAUUAGAGAAAGACAUUGUUGGUAAUCGUGAUUCUGAUUCCAAUUCCGAUUCUGAUUCGAUUACUUCGAGUCAUGAGGUUGUAAGUCGUUUUGUAGGUUUGAAAAACGAUGGCUUCUUGUCGGAUAAGGAUUUCGAAACUGCGUUUGAAUUUGUUGAUUUGGAAGGUAUUAGAUUAGGGAAAGAAGGAGAGGAGGAACUAAUUGAGGAGAAGGAAGAAGAAGAAAUGGAAAAUAUGAGUUCUGGAUAUGAUUCGUAUAAUAUUGACGACGGUGAUAGUAAUAACAUAGAGGACUCCAGUAAGCAGAAUUAUGAUGAAGAACAUGUUCAAGGUAACAAUAAUUUAGAGCAAGAAGGACAAAAUUGCAAUGACAAGGAAGCGAAGGAUAGUUUAAAUAAUUCCGAGAAGUCUGCUUCUCAGGAUUCGUCUGCCUGCGAUAAUGAGGAUUCAAAUGGAUUGGAAAUUCUAUGGGAACAUCAAGAGCUGAUAGAGCAGCUCAAAAUGGAGCUAAAGAAGGUUAGAGCUACUGGUUUGCCAACUAUCUUAGAAGAAGAUGAAUCGCCGAAAAUAAUGGAAGAUUUAAAACCAUGGAAGAUUGAUGAGAAGUUCCGGCAUGAAGAUAGAAUGGGUGAGCUUCAUAAGUUCUACAGGAGUUACAGGGAGCGAAUGCGGAAAUUUGAUAUCUUGAAUUACCAGAAGAUGUAUGCAUUAGGUUUUCUUCAAUCAAAGGAUCCACUUAAAGCGAUUUCAAGCAAUAAAGCUUCAGCUCCAGCAUUGGCAUCCCUCCUUUCGCAAACAUUCCUGCCUGGGAAGCGGAAAAAGUCCAGUUCGGAUCCAAUUAUGACCUUUAUUAAAGAAUUACAUAGCGAUUUGGAAAUGAUCUAUGUCGGUCAAAUGUGCCUUUCGUGGGAAAUUCUCCAUUGGCAGUAUGAAAAGGCACUAGAGAUAUGGGAUUCUGACCCUUACGGAAUUCGCGGUUACAAUGAAGUUGCUGGAGAAUUCCAACAGUUUCAGGUUCUUAUGCAGAGGUUCGUUGAAAAUGAACCUUUUGAAGGACCUAGAGUGCAAAACUACGUCAAGAAUCGCUGUGUUCUGCGUAAUCUCCUUCAGGUUCCUGUCAUAAGAGAAGAUCGUAUAGUCGAUAAAAGGGCGAGACGGAAAGCUGCAAAGGACGACGAGAAUGCAAUUACUAGCGACAAACUAGUAGAAAUCGUGGAAGAAUCAAUACGAAUUUACUGGCGAUUUGUUCGAGCCGACAAAGACUCACACAACGUGAUUCAAAAGUGUCGACGAGGAACUCAAAUCGAACCUCAAGACCCUACAGAACUAGAACUUCUGACAGAAGUCCGGACGAGUCUGCAAAAGAAGGAGAAGAAGCUUAAGGACAUAUUGAGAAGUGGAAAUUGUAUAUUGAAGAAAUUUAAAAAGAAUGAAGAAGAAACAAGCUCAGAUCAAGUUCUUUAUUUCUUCUCUCAAGUAGAUAUGAAGCUGGUAUCAAGGGUGCUCAACAUGUCUAAAAUAACGACUGAUCAACUGAUAUGGUGUAGCAACAAAUUAAGCAAGAUUAAUUUUGUCAGUAGGAAGAUUCAUGUUGAUUCAUCAUUUUUGCUGUUUCCUUGCUGAUGGUAUAUAAUAUACAUAGCUCUAAUUUCUACUAAAAUCUCUCUCUCAUUCUAAAUAUUUUUCCAUAUCUUAUACAAGUAUGUAAAACUAGGAAAUUUUGAGGAAAUAUACUAGCCAUAAGUAUUUUGAGUA